UGCAUUUCUCAGCCCCCACUGUGGCCGCGUCGAGGCCAUGUGCAGCUGCUCGUGAGACCUUGAUCACUUUUUUAGGUGCGAAGCACCUUAUAUGCGCCCGGGCUGUCGGCGUCUCCUGUCGUACGUCGUCGUCGUCGUCGUAGUCACGGUCUUACGGGACGGCGUUCCCUUGGCGCAACUGCCUUUCGCCACCCAGUGGACUGGUGAAUCAUGUAUGAAGCGUCGCAUGCCGAACAUGAGGUCGACGUCAGAUGUGUCCUCGAAUGGGACACCGAAUGGAACGCGCAGAGCAUAAGAUGCACAAAGGAGGGCAGUGUGAGCUGUCAAUUACUGCAGCACCGUCCGGAAUUUAAUAAGGUACUUGUAGACGCUGCCCUGGAGCUUCGGGAAGACAGGCGAGGAAAAAGCAGAGGAAACGUGCUUAUUGCUGUUGUCGAGGCAAUCACUUGCGGGUAUGUCUGGCGUGGCUUCUGGGAAGACUCGGGGAAAGCGAGAGCACUGGACCUUGUUGAACAUCUACUCGCCGCGCACCGCUGCAUUACAGCGAUGGAAUUCAACCCAAACUUGAUGCUUCGUCCUUCGUUGCUGUCAGCAGUUAAACGUCAACCCUCUUUGACAAGCGUUACAGUGUCCAGAACAGUCUUUGAUUCUUGCGACGCAGCUGAGGCAUUGGAGGUCAUCAAAUGCAUCUCGCAGCUCAAGAAUCUUGCCUUCAAGGUUUACGAUGUUGAGAAGCGAUGGGUGACUGGUACGAACAGGAUACCAUUUGACCUAGGUAUGAAUUAUCUGUCAACCCUCCACGUGGCAGACCUUCUACUGGACCGGUGUGAGGCCGGACGGCUCGUCCAGGCGCUCAUUGAAAAUAAAAGCCUCGCCGACCUCAGCGUCGGAGAAAAUGUUUUCUGCGAAGACAUGUUUCCCAGAUACCUUUCCGCAGAAAAGUGCAGGCUGCGGAAGCUGGCGAUCAAAUCGUUCACCUGGUCCGACGACGGCUCACUCCUGAGGAAACUCGUCGAUGCGUUCUGCAAGAUGAACUUUUUGGAGGACCUGAAUGUGGACAUCGGCCUGGAGAGAACCAUAUUCGCAGACACGCUCAUCCUCUUUGCCAACUUGGUGACUCGAAGCGCCACACUGCGCAGCCUGGGACUACCUUGGACGAUCUGCGACUGCCUCGCUAGAAGUAUGGAUCCCAAUAUCCCGCUUCCCGAUCCCAAAGCAGCGCAGUGCAUGCAGUUCUUGCUCACAGUACUGCAGAAAGCGGACUCGCCACUCAACCAGCUCUUCAUCGACUUACGGGGCUUCGGCGAAGCCGAUUGCCGCGCCUUCUUCGACGCAGUCGCCGACAGCGACGCUCUGAGGACGGUGAUUGUCAACUAUUUGCCCUGCGUCAUUGAGCUCGACAGGGUCUUUACGCGGGAGCGAGGCGUGAACGACCGAGUGGUCAUCAAGAGCCACAACAUGCACUACGACACAAUGCAGCUGCUGAAAUGCCCGCAAAUAAGCAGCAUCGCCAUUAGGAAAAGCUGGUCCGUGCGCCCCGACGACGUCGGCUACCAGGCAGUUAUCUCGGCUCUCCAAAUGGUCGGUGGCAGCAGUCACGUAACGUCGCUGAGGGUUCGGUGCGGUUGCUUCAAUCGCAACGAAUUCUCCGCCUUGGCGGGAUGUAUAAGGAACGCGUCCGUGCUCACGGAUGUCGACAUAAGCCUGGUGGGAGCCAGGGUUGCUUUGACAGACGAGGAGCUCACCGACGUGCAGGCGGAACUGGUGUCAGCGCUGGCCUCCAACCUCAAGCUAGCCAAAAUCGGCAUCCAGGACGCGCGGCUGUCGGACGGCGACUUGAACGUGCUCGCGGGUGCUGCUAGCAAGAGCAUCAGCCUCACCGCAUUCACCAUGACUCCUCCCUGUGGUUUCACUGAAACCAUAGGGAGGACUGGGAGCUGUUGUGUAAAUGGACACUGUGGUACUGUGUCGUUGAACAAGGGGUUAUCGAGAGAGUUCAACUUCAAGGACAUCGCCCUGGCGGACAUCCUGCAAGCGACACGAAGGAAUGCCUCCACUGUUUCGGCCGCUGCACAGCUCGUCCUAGGCCAUCAAGAUGCCUUCGAAGGCGCGGAUGCCAUCGAGCUGAUGCACGGCCACCCACGCCUCCUCGAAAUGGUUAUGGAAGGUGCUGAUGUCACCAAGGCCGAAGCCCAAAAGAUGAUCAGCAGCGUCCUUGCGCGUGUGCGCCACUGUAGCCUUCACGAGUUUAUGAUGGCGGCCGGCGUCGUCAAGCGCAGGGUGGAGUGCCUUCGUCACCCCGAUGCCAGGCGUCAGCUCGCCGACAUUGACCACGACUGCUGGCUACACAUUCGCAGUUACCUGAAGAUAGUGGAUGUUCUUAAUAUUUAAGCUGGUGUCGGCCGGUUGGCAAAGACAGUUUUGCUUCUUAGUCUAAGAACGAGGGAUCCCUAAGGGAAAAAAAUAAAAAAAUAUAU